CAAUAAUUUAUUUAAUUUUUUUCAUUUUGUGAAAACUAAAAACAGAUGAACACAAGAUAAAAACAGAAGCCAAAACCAAACAACAUUCUUUUUCUUCAUCUCACGAAAUUUCCUUCCUCUUUUUUUGUUUCUUCAAGAAAAUAAAACUACCAACAAAAAGAUUUUCAUAUUUCUCCCAGUCUUUUUUUUUUCUGGGGAAAUAUAAUCAAUUUUUGAAGGGCAAGAAUUUUUAAUUGGGUAGAACAAAAUUUUAUAGCUGAAAUUUUGAAGCUUUUAAUUUUGGAUUUUAAUGGCGGAAACGCUGGACCCUUCGCUGGCGGUGACAGCGUUUCUUAUGAAAGACGCUUCUAAUUGGUGGAAUAAUAUCAAUGAUUCUCAUCUUUGGCAAGAUCGAAUUUUUCAUAUCCUAUCUAUUUUAUAUGGAAUUGUUUCCGCCAUUGCCCUGGUGCAAUUGGUGAGAAUACAAUUGAGAGUUCCUGAGUAUGGAUGGACCACUCAGAAGGUCUUCCAUUUUCUGAAUUUCCUUGUUAAUGGAGUUAGAUGUGUAGUUUUCGUGUUUCGCCGUGAUGUGCAGCUAUUGGAGCCUGAGAUUGUCCAGCAUAUGUUGCUUGAUUUGCCAAGUCUUGCGUUCUUUACUACCUAUGCGCUUUUGGUCUUGUUCUGGGCAGAAAUAUAUUAUCAGGCACGUGCUGUAUCUACUGAUGGCCUCAGGCCUAGUUUUUAUACAAUCAAUGCAAUUGUCUAUGCCAUACAGUUUGCUUUGUGGCUGAUUUUGUGGUGGAAACCAAUCCCUGUUCUGGUGAUUUUGUCUAAGAUGUUUUUCGCAGGUGUGUCCUUGUUUGCAGCUCUUGGGUUUCUUCUUUAUGGAGGAAGGCUUUUCUUAAUGUUGCAACGCUUCCCUGUGGAAUCAAAAGGGCGACGCAAGAAGCUCCAGGAGGUUGGCUAUGUAACCACCAUAUGCUUCUUAUGUUUCCUUGUAAGAUGUGUCAUGAUGUGCUUCAAUGCUUUUGAUAAAGCCGCUGACCUCGACGUUCUAGAUCAUCCAAUUCUGAAUUUCAUGUACUAUCUGUUGGUGGAAAUAUUGCCCUCUUCUCUAGUUCUCUUUAUAUUGAGGAAGCUCCCUCCAAAGCGCGGCAUCACACAGUAUCAUCCAAUCCGCUGAGCGAACAUUAUUGAUAGAAUGUACGGCUCAAGCAAUGUCCCAGAUUGACACUCUUAUCCUCAAAAAGGAAGUGCAGGAUUUCAGAAGUGAAUUGUCCAUGAAGAGUUUGUAUGUCCCUGUGUGCAGGUGUCUUUGCUCAAUGCUUGUAGAUUGUUUUAACUAACCAUCUGAUAAUGAUUGUGAAAUCAUGAAAAAAUAUAUGAUUUCAUGAAUCAUAUGUUCAUUUGUUUGCCUCUUGA